UUGAAUGAGCCGUGUUGUGCGGUGCGUGUGGCUCUAUAUUUAACUGGCGGAUUUCGUUUGUUCCGUUACUACCAAAACAUACCUGUCAGGAUCCACCGGUCUACUGGAGCACAGGCUACGUAUCUCACCUUGGUGAAGACACUCCCGUUUAUCGAAGCGGAAAGGAGCAAAGGAAGAAAGAGCACGCUUAAGAAAGGGUAUAAAUAUUGGGCUAAAAGAACUGAGGAAAACUGUAGCCUUGAAGUUUGUAGAGGGAGAAAAAAGAGGGAGGAGCACAUAAAACAAACAUAGACCGUAUCGGUUCUGUUCUUUUGGUUGAGUAAGCGUUGUUUUCACAGUUUGAAGCGAAGAAGUGUAUUUAAAAUAAUCGUUACAUGUAUUGUUAGUCGGAACUAACUCCCUUAAUUUACCAAUUAAGAGUUCGGGGAAAGAGCGGAAACCUAGGGGAAAAUAGCGGAGGGAGUUAGGAGAAAUUAACCAUGCCCCGAGCCUUCCUGGUGAAAAAGGCGAGUGUUUCGCCCGGCAAGCGGAAUUGGAGCGAGGUCCGAGAUCAUGAACGUGGAGAUAUUUACAUACCAGUCUCUAUAGUGCGCCCUCACCUCACCGAGGAGUCUGAAGCCAGCCCCGCAGAGUCCGCCCACUUCCUCUCCCCGCGCCAUGACCAGGGCAAACAGACGCGCGUCCCCGAGCGCGCUCCCCACGCGCGCACACACACGGCGGAGCUGCCCUCCAGCACCGCGCAGGGCCAGGAGCGCAGCAGCCCCACGCCGGGGCAACUGGACGAGGCAGCAGAGAGCACUUACGUCCGCUCCAAGAUCAAGGUGACGUCAGGUGAGCUUCCAGGUGCCGUGUCGGCCUCCUCCAGCCCAGCGGCUCUGGAAGCGCCCGCGUUCUCGUGUCAGGUGUGUCAGAAGACCUUCCAGUUCCAGCGCAUGUUGAACCGCCACCUCAAGUGUCACAACGAGACCAAGAGGCACCCGUGCAAUUUCUGCGGCAAGGGCUUCAACGACACCUUCGACCUCAAGAGGCACGUGCGAACUCACACAGGCGUGCGGCCCUACAAGUGCAGCCUGUGCGACAAGGCCUUCACGCAGCGCUGCUCGCUGGAGUCGCACAUGAAGAAGAUCCACGGCGUCACGCAGCAGUACGCGUACAAGGAGCGGCGCAGCAAGCUGUACGUGUGCGAGGAGUGCGGGCACACGGCGCCCACGCAGGAGGCGCUGGUGCUCCACCUGCACACCCAGCACCCGCACAGCGUCCUGCUCCGGGGCAAGGCCCGCAAGCUGGCGGGCGGGGCCGCCCUGGCCGGCGCCGACCGCGAGUCGCUCUCCUCCGGCUCCCCGCUGUCCCAGCACUGCCCCGACAGCGACGACACGGCCGGCUCGGCGGGGAGAUGAGGGCGCGGGAGCGAGGGGUGGAGGGGAUGAAGAGGGUGAAUAUAAAGGGAGGGAGAAAACCGUAAUGACAUUUUUCCGAUGAAACGUGUGCUCUGAAGGAAAGGAGAGAAAGGACGAUGGAGAGUCCGAGAGGAAUGGAAGGAGGACCCGGCAAAGACGGACCUUUUUUUGUACUUGAUUUGACACUGAAGUUUACAAUUCAGACUCCCGUGAAUUUAAAAUGAUAGAAACACUGCAUAUUCCAGUGUGAGAUGGUGUAUCUGAAAUGGUGGCCUGCAUGGUGGCUGAUGGUAAAGAAUAAAUCAUUUCUGCAUGGGAGCAGGUGACAUUUUGCUGGAUUGCUUUCUUUGUUGCAGUUAGGGAGAAAGAUUUUUACAGGACCAUGCAGGUGAAUUAAUCCAAUUUAUCAAUACUGUGGUACUUUUUUCCUCAAAGGAGUUACAGUACUGUGAGUGUGGCUAUGCAUGUAACUGAAAUGUGAUUAUGUUUUGGCAGUCAUGUACAGAAAAAUGAAAUGGGGGACUAUGAAUAAAUUAAAUGUUUUCUGGAGAUUAUAACUUCUUACUGGAUUGUAGAUAUACACACAUAUCGGUAUAGAGAUUAAUAUUUAUCAGGGUGUGUCAUUUGUACUGUUAACCCAGAAGGGAAUUUGUUUUUUUUAAUAUAUAUAUAUUUUAUACACAAACAAAAUGGUGCCUUCUUUGUAAAUAGCGUAAUGGUGUGUUAAGUGUGGGUUUUUAAAAAAAAAAGUCGUAGCAAUGUAUGUGUGAUGACAAAGCAAUACAGGACUAUCUUUUGCAUUUGAAUGUAUUUCACAAUGACACUUUACUGUGGUACAGAAGCUCUAUAAUGGUGUUGCCAAAGGCUGUAUAGAAUAUAGAACAGUUAAACCUACUCCAAUUCAUCCUUGUAUUUGUACAGCAAUCUAGCACCACUUUUUCAUCUAUUGUAGUGCUACAUUAUGCAAUGCAUUUCAUGGCUGGUUCUCUCAGCGUAUAGCAGUUAAGAUUGUUCUGUGAUGUAAUUAUGUGCUGUAACUAUAUUACACCCUGAGAAAUAAAGGAACAGUGGAGGUCAAUUUUUGUUCUUUAGGGAACAAACAUGCCAAAUGUACCC